UUCUCAUCCCACCAUCCAUUCAUUCAUUCAUUUCAUCAGCCCAACUUCUUAAUUAGUCUUAUUAUCACUUCUUACCUUUGAGUCUUCACAAAGCUAUUGAAAUUCCAAAUGGGUUGUUUCUUUCUUGUGAUUUUUCUUCCCAAUUUGGUCAAUUUUUGAGGAUUUCCGAUCUGUGGUUUUUGCUUAAUCUUUUUGGUGUGUUUGGACUUGUGGGCAUUCUUGGUUUUCCUUGGAAAGCCUUUCCUUUUUGUGUAUUAAAAUACUCGGUGUCUCUUUAUUUUGGUUCCCUUUUUUUGGCCCUUUUUGGGCUUUUGGGGUGUUUUAUUGGGUGAAGCCUGAAGAUGGUCGAUACAGGUAUGAAUUUAAUUACUACUAUUAUUGGGUUUGGUAUGAGUGCAACUUUUAUUGUGUUUGUCUGCACAAGAAUCAUUUGUGGGAGGCUCCGGAGGAAUGAAUCACGGCCUAUGUUUGAGAUUGAAUCAAGGAUUGAUCUAGAGCAGCCAGAGCACCAGGCUAGUGGCCUUGAACCAGUUCUGGUUGCUGCUAUCCCUACUAUGAAGUUCAACCAAGAGGCUUUUAGUUCUAUAGAAGACACACUGUGCUCAAUAUGUUUGGGUGAGUACCAAGAGAAGGAAGUACUAAGAAUCAUGCCCAAAUGUGGCCAUAAUUUCCAUCUCUCUUGCAUUGAUGUAUGGCUGAGAAAACAGUCCACUUGUCCAGUUUGCCGUCUGCCAUUACAAGAAUCUCUUGGCACAAAACAUGGCAGGCCAGUUAUGUUUAGCAGGACUCAAUCCUUUGAUGAUUCUGAGGUCCCAAGUGAACACUCUCAGCAGUGGCUAAUGCCCGGCCACGAACGUUCCGAGGCCAACAACACUAACAACCAAAGCCGUGUAGAAGAAUCUCACCCCGUAGACCACUCUCAACCAACCACAUCUGGAGAAUCAGAAACAACACAAACAAGACAAUGAUCAGCAAACAUUGGUUGUUCUAGAACAGGUAAUGCUUCUUGGAGUGUCCAAUGGGCAAUGAGUCAUUUCUUUUUUGUAAAAGGAAGGUGGGGUAGGUGAGGAAAUGACGGUUGUUGUUAUUGUUUGUUUUUGAGUGAUGAUUGGUCUUUAUACAUAAUCUCUUUUUUCAUGUUUUGAGGGAAUGGAAAUCAGUGGUAGGCAGAUUGGAGGUUUCUCAUAUUUUUUGUACAUAAAAAAAGUCGCUUUCUUUGUACAUAAAAAAAGUCACUUUCUUUUGUAGCAUGACGCAAACUGAAGUGGUGCUAAUUUACUGUGACAAAAUUCUCACAGUUUUAGUCUUAAAAUACAAUCAAGUUUCUGUGCUCAGCUUUACGUUGACAAAUAACUUUGUAUAUUCUAGAGUAAAUUGCACCGUUGUACUCAAACUAUUCAUUUUUUUCAUGAUGUGUCCCGAGCUUUUAAUUUUGGCAAAUUAUAUCUUGAACUUUAAAAUCAGUUGCGAUCUAAUAGGGAAUGUUAUCAAAUUGAGGUUUAAGACACGAGAGUUGCACAUAAAAAGCAAAGAUCGUCAUUUUUCAAUCCAUGUCACGUGUAAAUCUCGUGUC